AUGCCUCAGAAAAAUAAAUUCCAAGAAGGUGAAAAAGUACUAUGUUUCCAUGGUCCCCUUAUUUAUGAGGCUAAAUGUUUGAAAUCAUCACUCACUAAGGAAAAAACAGUUAAAUAUUUUAUACAUUAUGCCGGCUGGAAUAAAAAUUGGGAUGAAUGGGUCCCGGAAAGCCGUGUGUUGAAAUACAACGAAACUAAUGUGCAAAAACAAAAAGAGGUACAGCGCGCUCAUGCAGCCCAGCAGUCGACGCAAAAAGGAAAAAAAACCACCACGGUUUUGAAGGGACAAGGACGCAAAAGCGAGAGUGGCAAAGACAAAGAGUCUGAUAGUCGAGCAAGCACACCGGUACCUGGUGGUGACAAGACUACUGGUCGUAAUAAAGCUAACAGUGGUUCUGUAACUCCUUCGUCGCACGAUUCAUCCUCAGAUGCACCUAGAAAGAAGCGAAGCCGCGUGGACCCUUCAGUUGAAACAGAAGAGCAAUUCUUAGCAAAUGUUGAAGUUAAAGUUAAAAUUCCCGACGAAUUAAAGCCUUGGCUUGUUGAUGAUUGGGAUGCGAUCAUUCGGCAGAAAAAGUUAGUCACUUUACCGGCUAGGCACACGAUUGAUCAAAUAUUAGAUGACUAUGUCAAGUUCAAGACAUCUAGUAAAACAAAUACUCCUAAUAAAGAAAGCGCUGUUUUAGAAGUAACAAGAGGCUUGAAAGAAUAUUUCAAUGUCAUGUUAGGUACACAAUUAUUAUAUAGAUGGGAACGACAACAAUACAGCGAAAUAAUUUCAGCAAAGCCUAAUACACCUCCCAGCCAAAUAUAUGGGGCCAUUCAUUUACUUCGAUUAUUUGUGAAAUUAGGCAGCAUGCUCGCCUAUACGCCUUUAGAUGAGCGAAGCAUCGCAUUACUGUUAACUCAUAUCCACGAUUUCUUGCGAUAUCUCCAUAAAAAUAGCAGCGAUUUAUUCAGUCUUCAAGAUUACGGAGCCGCAACUCCAGAGUAUCAUCGUAAGUGUGGAUAA